AUGACCGACUCUGUUCCCCAGACGGAUGUUUCCCGUCCAUCUGCCCUUCCCACAGCAAAUCUCUUGCAGCGAGGAACAGCUCAGGCAGUUGUUGACCAAAACUCUGCCGAAUACCUGGAUGCCAUCGAAGAAGAAUGGAACAAAAAGGUCGAUGUAGAGGUAGAAACUCUCGUGGAUGGUAUGGUCGAUCUCGUCGGUCUGGCAUCGAUUGGAGACAAAGACAAGUUUUGCGUUGCUCAAGAGUCCUUCCAAGCACAAUCAAGGGCCGAAUCUAUGGUUCGGGCCGCGAACUCUCUUCUUUCUAUCACCCAUUCGAUGAAGCUUCUUCUUCUACUUUCUGACGAAGCUCAAAUCGCGCACAGACGCGAUGCAGAGCUCAAAGUUGUUAAGGAAGAGAGCGAAAAAACAAAGAAAGAAGUAGCAGCUCUCCUGGAUGAGCUUCUAAGGCAAAGAGAGUCAGAUCAAAACAUCAGCUAA